GGACUCAUUGUAGGGGAGGGAUGAGAGUGUGUGCAGCCUCGGUGUGUGUGGUGUGACUGUGUGUGUGUGUGUGUGUGUAUGAGGACUGUGGAGGAGCCCCCUCCUCCUUUAACUAGCUGGUCAGCAGCGGAGGGAUUAGUGAAGCCAGCUCCACUCACACUACCAACAGAAGGAGGGGGGUAUUGCAAUAAGCGUGAAUCAUGCUCGUCGUCAUUACUACCGGCUGGGAGUGGAGCCGAAAUUGUGCAAGAUACGGAUAACAGCGAAGAAAGGUCCGUGUGGAUCGAGUCAAGUUUCCAGAGAGCUCCUCUUUCUGCCGUGGAAAUGCCUCACCAGGGGCUGUGCUGCUGCCGCCACCGCUGCUGCUGCCUCUCGGACCCGUCGCGUUACUCCUCUGCGUCCCUCACAUGUGCUUUAUGUUGAACAAGUGACCGGGAUAUCAACCUGUAAGUGAGGACCACAAACCAAAGGACGUGCGGAUAUACAUAUAUAAAUAUUCCUUCUGUUUUUUUUUUUUUUUGUUGUUGUUUUUUUUUUUUUGCCGUGCCGAGAUUUUUACUAGAGGAAAACAGAGAGGGGGAAAAGUUGUACUUGUUGGUCAACCAUGGGGAACGCAGGGAGCAUGGACCAGCACACUGAUUUCAGAGGACACAACAUGCCUCUGAAACUACCCAUGCCCGACCCUGGGGAACUGGAGGAAAGAUUUGCAACUGUUUUGAACUCGAUGAAUCUUCCUCCAGACAAAGCGCGACUGUUGCGGCAGUAUGACAAUGAGAAGAAGUGGGAGCUCAUCUGCGAUCAGGAGCGAUUCCAAGUGAAAAACCCGCCUCACACGUACCUCCAAAAGCUGAGGAGUUAUCUAGACCCAGCAGUCACAAGAAAGAAAUUCAGACGGAGAGUUCAGGAGUCCACCCAAGUCCUGAGAGAACUGGAAAUUUCGUUACGCACCAAUCAUAUAGGGUGGGUGAGAGAAUUCUUAAAUGAAGAGAACAAGGGCCUGGACGUGCUGGUGGAGUAUCUUUCUUUUGCACAGUAUGCCGUCACGUUUGAUGGAGACUGUGUGGAGAACAAUCCAGAGGCUGCAGUGGAUAAGUCUAAGCCCUGGAGCCGCUCUAUAGAAGACCUGCAUGGAGGAAGCACCCUGCCAUCUUCCAUGACCGGGAAUGGCAUCACACGUGCUGGGCGACAUUCCACGAUACGCUGCAACACACUGCCGAGCCGGAGAACCCUGAAAAACUCCAGACUGGUCUGCAAGAAAGAUGACGUCCACGUCUGCAUCAUGUGCCUGCGUGCUAUCAUGAACUACCAGUAUGGCUUCAACAUGGUUAUGUCACACCCACAUGCUGUGAAUGAAAUUGCACUAAGUCUCAACAAUAAAAACCCGAGAACCAAAGCUCUGGUCUUGGAGCUCCUGGCGGCAGUUUGUCUCGUGAGAGGAGGCCACGAAAUCAUUCUCUCUGCGUUCGACAACUUUAAGGAGGUGUGUAUGGAGGGGCAGCGGUUUGAGAAGCUAAUGGAGUAUUUCAAGAACGAAGACAACAACAUCGACUUCAUGGUGGCCUGUAUGCAGUUCAUCAACAUCGUGGUGCACUCGGUGGAGGACAUGAACUUCAGAGUUCACCUACAGUACGACUUCACCAAGCUGUGUCUGGACGACUACUUAGACAAACUAAAGCAUACAGAAAGUGAUAAGCUGCAGGUUCAGAUCCAGGCCUACUUGGAUAAUGUGUUUGACGUGGGAGCCCUUCUGGAGGAUGCUGAGACCAAAAACGCCGCUCUGGAGCGGGUGGAGGAGCUUGAGGAGAACAUGUCACAUAUGACAGAGAAGCUGCUGGACACAGAGAACGAGGCCAUGUCAAAGAUCGUGGAGUUGGAGAAGCAGCUGAUGCAAAGGAACAAGGAGCUUGAAUCGAUCAGGGAAGUCUACAAAGACACCAGCUCGCAGGUGCACACACUGCGGCAGAUGUUAAAGGAGAAGGACGAGGCCAUCCAGCGACAGAGCAACCUGGAAAAGAAGAUCCACGAGCUGGAGAAACAAGGCACCAUCAAGAUCCAGAAGAAGGGAGAUGGAGACAUCUCCAUCCUGCCCUCACCGCCCUCUGCCGUGCAGGGUUUGCCGGGUGCUGUGAUUGGAGGAACCGGUGCAGCUGUCAGUCCGAAUCAUACAGGAGUCGUGGCGGGUGCACCAGCUCCACCACCACCUCCUCCACCCCCUCCACUACCAGUGAACGGCACAUUGUCAAAUGGACCUUCGUCAGCCAUUCCCGCAGCUGCAGCAGCAGCUCCCCCACCUCCGCCGCCUCCCCCUCCACCUCCCCCUCCUCCUCCAGGGCCAGCCUCACAGAUCUCAGUACCUAUACCUCCUCCGCCUCCUCCUCCUGUAGCGCCUCCACUGCCUGGCUGUGGGACGCCAACUGUCAUCAUGAACUCUGGGUUAGCGGAGGGACCCAUCAAACUUUUCUCUGUUAAGAUCAAGAAACCCAUCAAGACAAAGUUCCGCAUGCCCGUCUUCAACUGGGUCGCCCUGAAACCAAACCAGAUCAACGGGACUGUCUUCAAUGAGAUUGAUGAUGAGAGGAUACUCGAGGACCUGAACGUGGACGAGUUCGAGGAGAUGUUUAAGACAAAAGCCCAGGGCCCGGCAAUCGACAUCACCUCAAACAAGCAGAAGGUCAUCCAGAAGGGGCCGAACAAGGUGGCGCUACUGGACUCUAACAGAGCGAAGAACCUGGCCAUCACGCUGAGGAAAGUGGGCAAGACUUCUGAGGAGAUCUGCAAGGCCAUACAGAUCUUUGAUCUGAGAACUCUGCCCGUGGACUUCGUGGAAUGUCUGAUGCGCUUCCAACCCACCGAAAAUGAGAUUAAAGUCCUGCGGCAGUUUGAGAAGGAGCGCAAGCCGCUGGAGAGCCUGACGGACGAGGACCGCUUCAUGAUGCAGUUCAGUAAAAUCGAGCGGCUCAUGCAGAAGAUGACCAUCAUGGCCUUCAUCGGCAACUUCUGUGAGAGUGUGCAGAUGCUCACGCCGCAACUUCAUGCAGUCAUCGCAGCAUCUGUGUCCAUCAAGUCAUCACAGAAGUUAAAGAAAAUUCUAGAGAUUAUCUUGGCGCUUGGAAACUACAUGAACAGCAGCAAAAGAGGAGCCGUGUACGGAUUCAAGCUGCAAAGUUUAGACUUGCUACUUGAUACCAAGUCGACAGACCGUAAGAUAACGUUGUUACACUACAUAGCCAAUGUAGUAAAGGAGAAGUACUCUCAAGUUGCUCUCUUCUACAACGAGCUGCACUACGUGGAGAAAGCUGCAGCAGUGUCGUUGGAGAACGUCCUGCUGGAUGUUAAGGAGCUGCAGAGAGGCAUGGAGCUGACCAAAAGAGAGUACAGCAUGCACGGCCACAACACCAUGCUCAAAGACUUCAUCACACACAAUGAGAGCAAGCUGAAGAAGCUGCAGGAUGAUGCUAAGAUUGCACAGGAUGCCUUUGACGAAGCUGUUAAGUUCUUCGGGGAGAACUCCAAAACAACGCCGCCCUCCGUCUUCUUCCCUGUGUUUGUGCGAUUUGUUAAGGCAUACAGGCAAGCAGAGGAGGACAAUGAGCAGAAAAAGAGACAGGAGCAGCUUUUGAUGGAGAAACUUCUAGAACAGGAGGCCAUGAUGGAGGAAGACCAGAAGUCUCCAUCCAAGAACAAGCGGCAGCAGCAAGAGCUGAUCCAGGAGCUCAGGAGGAAACAGGUGAAAGACAGCCGCCAUGUCUACGAAGGCAAAGAUGGAGCGAUUGAGGACAUCAUCACGGCCCUAAAGAAGAAUAAUAUUACUAAAUUUCCCAAUGUCUACUCGAGGGUAAGGAACUCCUCCAGUAGCACACCUGUAGUGGUGGAUGUGUCCCAAACCUGGCAAGCAUCUCUUUAUUAUCUCCCUACCUGUCUUACUGUCCUCUCAUGUAGAACCACUCAGUACCUCUCUCUGUUCUCCCCUCACUUUAUCUACCUCAUAUCAGUAAGUUUGAAAGUCUAACACUGUAAAAUAGCUCUUUUCAAUAGUUUACUCACCCUUCUUUUGGGUAAGGAUCAUCUUAGUCUCACAAGGUUUUCCACUAUGGCCUGUCUCAGUCGUAACACCCAGAGAUAUCAGACCUACGAGGCUUUUUUUCUGUGUAGAACUCAUGCUGCUUUGAAAGACAGGCUGCCAGCACCCUGAGCAUGUGGGCUCAUCAAAUCGCCUCGACAAGAUGACUGACAGCUCUUUUUAUCCCCCCCUCCUCCUCCCCAUCCAAUCCCUUCCCUCCAUCUCAGAUUUGAGGAAUCAGCCUUACAGGCGAGCAGACGCUGUGCGGAGGAGUGUCAGGAGACGCUUUGAUGAUCAGAACCUGCGGCCGAUGAACAACGGCGAAGUGGUCAUGUGACGAGGGAGCAGUGCAUGUGCUGGGAGGGGAUAUGGCGACGGUGAGGAUGCGUUAGAGAGGGAGAGACAGGAGGUUUGAAGGAUGACAAGUGAAAGAUGACAAGUGUAGCAACCAUAGAGAUGAGUAUGUAUAUAUAUUACAUAUGAAUACACGUUAUUCCAUGUCUGUGGUAUAGUAGCAGCUUUUCACGAUGAAGGACUGGGACAUGUGUGGGACUGAACUUUAAGUGUCUGAAAGGUUGAUUGAGAAACCUUAGACAAGCCAAGUGCCUGAACUUAUAUUGUUUGUCUGAUGACUGUUUCUAAUAUUACCCCACUUUAAGCAAUACAACUUGACCUGGCUUUAAUUUUAAAGGAAUAGAUCACCCCAAAGUCAAAAAUAUAUUUUUUUUACCUUUUACCUGUAGCACUGUUUAUUAGUCUAGAUUGUUUUGGUGUCAGUUGCUGUGUGUUGGAGGUAUCGGCUGUAGAGAUGAGAUACAGUGGAAAUACACAGAACAAAAUUUAAACGCAUCGAGUUUUGGUCCCAAAUUCAGGAGGUAGUUGUAAUCAUGCUUUUUUAAUGCCACACCUGUCGGGUGGAUCUUGUUUUUACAUAAAUCAUGACCCGGUUACUCGUGCAGAAGGAAGUGUGCAUCUACUGCUAGCUCACCUAACCCCACCAAGCUAGCUAACGUUACAGUUCAGAUGCACAAGUAGAUGCACGCUUCCUCCUCUGUGAUACGGUUGGUGGGUGUAGUUCGGUACAAAGAAAAUAAUUCCUCCAUGAAGCUGCUCACAACAAGGUCUGUGGAUUACCUUGAGUAAAGAUAAAGUAGACCCGGUUACUCAAACGGUUUCAUGUAGUAGCCAUUUUCUUUCCACUGAACAAUACCUUCCAACCACAUCACCGUGCAGAAGGAAGCGUGCAUCUCCUAUUAUUUUUUCAGUCGAUGGCAUCUAUGCAUGGAUGAGAGGCUUGUGCUCAUGACAGCACAUGACAUGACAAUAAUGGCAUCCUCCAUGGCUGAGCUUUAUUGUAAGCUAGCUCAGAGAUGCUAGGUGAGCUAGCAGUAGAAGCACGCUUCCUUCUGCGUGGUGAUACGGUUGGUGGGUUUAGUUCGGUAGAGAGAAAAUAGUUCCUACAUGAAACUGCUAACAACAAGGUCUGUGGAUUAUUGAAUAACCAGGUCAUGAUUUCUGGAAAGAGACAUUGCUGUUGGGUUUUUAAAUGUAUUUUUUUUUUGGAGCUUUGAGCACCACAAGCUGAGUGCCAUCUAGUUGAAAGAUAUAUGAGAGAAGGCAGACAUCUCUACGGCUGAUAUCUCCAACACUCGGCAGCUCACACCAAAACAAUUUAGACUGAUAAAUAGCACUAUAGGUAAGAGGAAAAAUAUUUAUGAUUUGGAGGGGUUGAACUGUCCCUGAAAGAUGUGUAAAACUGGACUUACGGUGGCCUUAAGAGCCACGUGAAGAGAUGCUUCCUUGGAGACCUAAUGUAGAAUGUAUGGGACGAGUUCCCUUUAGCUGUUACAAAUAUUACAUCUGUCGUAUCUUGGUACAUUCCGGUGCUCUUUCCAUUCCUCUGACUAUACAAAUGUGCUCAACCUGCACUUUUUUCAUUACAUCUCAUGAUUCUUCGACUUUGACUAAAAGGGCUGAUGAUCAGGCAUGAAGACGGCGAUCAGAAAAGUAAUUAAAAUUCUAUAUUUGUACUAAAGGAAGUAUAAGAAUGAUGGGAAAUUAACAAAAGACAUCAAAACCACUUCAAAACAAGACCGAACCAAUGUAAAUUGUAUAUACAUCAGGUGUCUAUCUCCAUGCUGACUUCUCUUUCAUAAUUUGCCACUUCAGUUAUGAAUCAAGCCUGAGUUUGUAGCUCUUGAGUCAAAGAAGGCGGCUGUCUGCUCACAUUAAACUCUACCGUCCAUUUAAAAUGUUGCAUUGCUGUAGCAGCACAGCAGUUUGUCUGGUGUCUGGGAACAAAUUUUGAGUAAACAAGCCUGUAAAGCAGCAUAAAAAAACACAUUUUCUACGCAGUAACUGCACGAAUCUCAUUGUCAGAACUGGAUAUAACGUCACAUUUCAUCUCUGUCAACUUUUUUUUUUUUUUUUUUUACAGAUUAAUUAUAUUCCAGGCUACUGUGUUUACUUACUUUAUUGUAAUUUUAAUGUAUAGUAUUUAACCACUGAAAGGAUUUCUUGAAGUUCAUGUUUUCAUCUAAUGUGUGUCCGUGCUCAUUAAAAACAAAGUACACAACACAAAAAAAGUUUCCUAAAUGUACAGAUAUUUUACAACAAACCAUGUUUUUUUUUGUUUGUUUUUUUUACUUACUUCACAUUACCAGAUGGUUAAUAUUGUACAUAUUGUUUAAACAAAAGUUUUCAUUGCCUUGUGCUAUACAACUUGAAUGUUAUUUUAACUUAUAGUUUUCUUUUUUUGUAUAUUUAAUUAAGCCAAAUGCAGCCAGAGUCUACAGUAGAGUGUUGAAUCAUAGAUUUCUCACGGUCAUGCAGGAGGCAGCAGAUCACCCAGUUUGCUCGUGGGUGUGUCACAGGCGCAUCAAAGCCAGCUAUAAAAACAUACAACACCUUUCAUCUGCAAUUGUUGGUACAUUUGAACAGAUUUCAACUUUUAAUCACAUGUAUUGUACCUAAAAUAAACUAGUUUCCAUUAGUCGUCCUGUGAUUAGCUGGUUUUGUGGCUCAGUGAUUCACCCUCCUGUAAUUACGUCCACUGAAGCACGUGCUGCCGUUUCAUCUCCUUUUUCUCUCUGCUUCACUGUCUGUAAUAGUGACAUUUCUCUAACUGGAUAAUACUGGCAUGUUGUUUUUUUUUUUACUUUCACCAGAAAUGUAUUUUAGGCACUUUGUGCUUAUUACAAAAUAACAUGUUUUUUUUGUUGUUUAAUUAGGUUAUAUGAGAUUUUCAAUGAAUAUGAUCAAAUAAACUAUUUACAUUGAAUAUAAAACUGA